AUGCCUUUCUCACGCUCGAUCACCGUUGUUGAAUGCCACUCGGAAGGUGAAGUAGGCGAUGUCAUUACCGGGGGAGUUCUGGACGUUCCAGGCAAAACUAUGCACGAUAAGCUCGUUCACAUUUCAACGAAGAUGGAUAACAUCCGCCAACUACUGUUGAAUGAGCCUCGAGGGCGCGCAUCGAUGAACAUCAAUCUUGUUCUCCCACCCUGCGAUCCACGCGCAGAUGCCGGCUUCUUGACAAUGGAAAGCGAGGAGUAUGCGCCAAUGUCAGGAUCAAACACAAUCUGUACCACCACCGCACUAUUGGAGACUGGAAUGAUCCCAAUUAAGGAGCCUAUCACUGAAGUGACUUUAGAUACCGCCGCGGGCCUGGUCACUGUGACUGCUGAGUGCGAAUCAGGAAAGUGCAAGAGUGUUGAGUUCAACAAUGUGCCUUCUUUCGUGCUUGAACUCGAUUUUAAAGUGAUGGUUCCCGGGAUCGGGGAUAUUUCAGUCGACAUAGCAUAUGGCGGAAUGAUGUACGUUCUGGUUGAGGUGGCCUCGCUGGGAUUGACAGUCAGCAAUCAGCAUUCCCGUCAGCUCAUCGAGGUCGGGGAGCGCAUCAAGCGAGCGGUGGAGGCAAUUUACACUCCUCUUCAUCCUGAGAACUCCGGUAUCACGGGUUUCAGUGUGAUUGAAUUUACCGAGCCUUUGCAAAUCGAAGAUGGGUGCAAAGUCGCAAGUAAUGCUGUGGUUGUCUCGCCGGGGCGAUUUGACCGUAGCCCCUGCGGCACAGGAACAUGCGCGCGACUGGCCACAAUGCAUGCCCGAGGUCAGAUCAAAGAGGGGGAGAUUUUCAGGCAUAGAAGUAUCAUCGGCACUGAAUUUGUCAGUCGCAUACGCGGGACAACCACUGUCGGUGAUUACCCUGCGGUUCUCGCCGCUGUAAAAGGAAGGGCUUGGAUUACCAGCUUCAAGCAAGUGCUUCUUGAUUCAACCGAUCCUUUCCCGCAGGGCUUUAGAGUGGGUGAUCAAUGGCACAUGCCUCCGAAUUGA